AUGUGGAAUUUAAGAAACAAAAGAGAUGAACAUAUGGGAAAGGGGGAAAAAGAGGAGAGAGGGAAACAAACCGUAAGAUAUUCUUAAUGAUAGACUCUGAUCCAGGCGAACAGCUUUAUUAUUCAUGAUGAGAACUUCCUGAAAGAACCCACUGACUCUUCAAUGGAAGACACCCAGUUUGGAUGCUAAGAUUCUGAGGAUCCUUCCACUUGAUGUUCCCUGGAUCCCUCCCUUGAUGUUCCUGGAUCCCAGGAAGGGAUUAGGGAUCCAGUCCUAACCAAAGCCUUGUUUACCUGUCUGAUUCUCAGUGAAGUCUGACCUCACCGCCCCUUGGAGGCGCCUUUGAAGCUCUGAGGCAGCCUUCUCCAAGCAGGACACUUGGAUCUCCCCACCUGCAGGUGGUGGAGGGACAUCUGCGGGUCUGAUCCUGACGCUCGCAUGCAUUUCAGGGGUGACCAAGCUUGUUUCAAAUUUCGAAGUUUCUAGUAGAUCAAUAUUACUUUUUAAAUCAUAAAACCUCAUGGAUAAACAUUACUAAUCACUGAAGUGCCCCCUAAUGAAAAUAAGUCAGAACACGGAGGCUGAGUUCCAGGAGCCAUCAGAGAACAGAGAUGCACCCGGAGAGCAGUGGCAAAAUUGAUUCCGUAAAUGUUCCGAAGGCAAAAAGCACACGAGGUUGGGAGGCAGUUAGGAAUCACUGGAUGGAGUCAUUUCAAGGGCCUGGCUCUGCCCUCUGUUCCCCAAUUUCCUCCCCUUGUCAAUUGUGUGGGGUUUUCUCUGAAACAAAGCUGCUGUUCCUGGCUGGAUGGCUGUGUGUCAUGCAAACCCCAGCCUGCCAGUGGAGGUACCACCAUCAGAGGCCCAGCUGGCGCGGGGCUGCAGGAUCCUUCCCACCCCCACCCUUCCAGGCACCAAGUCACAGACCCUCACUGAAGUGAAACCUACCUUGAGCAUCUUAUCAGCCUUCUGAGGUAUCACCACUGAUUUAUCUGUCAGCAUAGCAACUUGAAAGUUCUAGAAGAGCCAGCCUUGUGGUAUCUCCCCAUGCAAAGGCUCCAUCUCCCAAAUAGAGGUGCCUCACACUAACUAUGCAGGCUACGGCUUGAAGGACCUGGGGAUGCCACCAGCCGGCUGUGGCACCAGGGACGAGUUCCCUGGCCAGUCGGGCCACCCAGUGAUGAAGAUUAGACGGUGUCACUUACGUCAUGAGCAAGGAAAGGGACUGGCUGUGGCCGGCUGUCUUAGGAUUCAGCAUUGCCACACUGGACUGCUGGGCAUGGAGCAUCGUGUACGCAACAUGAAGGUGACCCACCCCACUCUCACACGCUGCAUGGGGGGUGGGACAGCCUCGGUGGUGCAGAGCAGCUCUUCUGUGAUAUCAGCUUUGCUAACAGCCCUCCGGGUAUGUUUACGCCCAUGGUAGGUGGUUGUGAAGAUGAUGUGAACAUGCCCACGCUCACAGCGGGCUUGUGUGCCAAACAAAAUUCCAGGGUCAGAAUUUGAAUUAUAAGUGCCUACCUAUGCCACUAGCAUUGUGACAAGUCAACCUGUGCCUUCUCAGUUCUUCCCCCAGCCCACUAAGAUGGGCCAUCACAUUCUCUUCCCAUGGACAGCAGGAUCCUGCCAGGAGCCCAGGCUCAGCCUGGACCUCCUCACCCAUCCCCCGUGUUAUCACCGUGACAGCUCAGACAGGUGGGUGUUAUCCUGCCCAUUUUACAGACUGCAGAUCUGAGUCUCAGGGUAUUAGAUCCUCCUUAUUGGCAAGAAAUAAAGUCUGGGAUGAUCCCAGGUCACCCCCUUUGCCAAAGACCAUGACCAGAGACAGCAGACAGAAAUCAGAUCUCUGGGGAUGUCCCACAGAUCACAGAGAAGAGCCACGCCAGCUUGCAGAUCCCAGUGCUAGGGGCGCAGUCUCAUUGGCCAAAUGUCUCCCCACCCCCACUGGGAGCCCAGCCCUCUACCUGCUUCUGGAGGCCAGGAGAGGCGGUUACCUCUGGGGCUGGGGAGUAACUGGACAGUGAUCUGGCCGGUUGUCCAAACUAGUAUGUGGAGACAGAAUAAUCACCCCAAUAGGCAUCUCUGGGGAGGACCUGCCGACCAGAGCUGGGGUGCACUUUGGAUUUGGGGUAUAGGGGUAUAAGAGCUUCCUCUCUUGAGUUCUCCUACUUAUAGUGGGCAGUUGGUAGUGAUGGACAAAAGGGCACCAGCCUCCCCUUCAUCUGAUCCUUAGGCUCUGUCACGUCCCUCCCACACAGAGCAGCACUGACCCAUGUCACAAUAGGACCUUGCAGAUGUGACUGUGCAGGUCACACACAUCAUCAUAAAAGACAUCAUCCUGCCAGGCUGUCUCUGGGGGAAGCCAGCCACCACGCCCUGUGGAUGCCCAAGCAAGCCUGCGAAGAGCCUCAUAUGGAGAGGAACCAGCAGUGGAGGGAGCCACCUGGGAAGAGAGUCCUCUGGCCCUUCAGAUGAGACCACAGCCCAAACCACCCAGCCAACUUCUCCCAAUUUGCAGACCCCCAGAAACACAUGUUGAUCAUUGUAUAACUGUAAGUCUCGGAGUACCUGGUUGCAUAGGAGGAGGCAGCUAGUGGUUCUGCCCCCUGAUGAUGAGAAGGGACAAUCCAUAUUGUCACCUACAUGCACACACACACGCAUGCAGAGGUUUUUAAAUGGGACUGUAUGAUGCCAUGCAUGUCAUUUAAGCUAACACCAGCUGCUAUCUUAAAUAAAUCCUAAAAUCUGCACAGCUAAACAAGAGGGAGGACAUCGUGGAGGACACAAUAUGCCUGGUGGUUCUCCUCUAAGCAGGGAUUCACUCAAGACCCCUGUCCUGCUGGCUCUCCAAUUCACUUGGCCAGUGGGGACAGAGACCACGGGAGGGUCACACAUACUUCUUGACCCUCUAGACCAGAAAUGACACUUGCUGGACCCAGUCACAUUCUGCUGGCGAGAGGUGAUUGCUGAGGACUGAGGUCCAGCUUUGGAGCCCCUGCUUGGCAACAGCAAGAUUCCAUAGAAUCUGUGUGGUCAGCUACCCAUCUCUACUGUGUUCCUGUUCUCUUGCUUCUGAAAAUUAGAACCUAUGCUAUGGGCAUUGUGGCAGACAGACCUCAAGGUGUGACUGGAUCCCUGCCUCCUGAUAUCCAUGGGAACACAACAGAGGUGAUACACAUAUGUGAUUAUGUCCCAUGAGAGUGUCACAGCGUCUCCAGCAGACACAUUCCCCCAGUUGGCCUGAGGAAGCCUGUGGCCAUGUCGAGGAAGUCUGACUCACACAGGAACUGAGCAGCCAACAGGCCUGAGUGAGGAGGUAGGUCCUGCCUCGUGGGGGCCUCAAUGGGACUGCAGCCCAAGCCCACACCUUCCACUCAGGGGACCCAGCUAAGCCUCACCUGGACUCCUGCCUACGGACACGAUGAGAUAGUAAAUGUGCCUUGUUUCAAGAUGCCUAGUCUGCUGUAAUGUUGUUUAUGCCAGGAUCACGGAAACCAGCGUCUUCCCAUGUCUGGCCAUAUUUACAUCCUUCUCUACGAAAGCCACGUGUGCCCCUGUGAAGAGGUGCCACAUCGUGUAUUGGUCCCUGUGGGCCAUAUGGAGACGGUCGCUGUGAUUUCUCUGUCGCUCACAGCGGCCGAGCACAUUCGAUGAGGAUCCUUGCAGGUGUUUGCAGGGAUGACUCAACACAGGCUCAGUCACAGGCCUGCACCUGCACAAUUCAGCUGCCUGUGAAAUCCAGCAAGAGACCCCGCAGGCAAAGCAUCCCCUGCUGGAACCCACACCACACUCUCAAGCAGCAAGGACUGCCCUGAGCCAGCAAGACCUCUCCUGGGACUGACCCCAGGACAAUGAUGGGCCUGAUCUCAGUGCCCCCCCUACAUGCACCCACUGGCCUCCACUCCCCCCUGCACACACCACCAGUCUCACUGCCUCCUUACAUGCACCCCCUGCCCCCCUGCACGCACCCACCUGACCCCUGCAUGCGACCCUCCCUGCAAGCACCUGUGGACCCCCGAGCACACACCCACAUGCUCCUGCAUGCACCCUCCCAGCAUGCACCCACCUGUCCCAAUACACCCAUCCACCUGCCCUCUGCAUGUACCCGCAAGCACCCCUGCAAUCACCACAUGCCCCUGCUCCCUUGCACACACCCACCUGCCCCAUUGCACUCACCCAACAGUCCUCCUGCAGGUACCCAACUGCCUUCAUUCCCCCUGAAGGCACCCACCUUCCCCCUGCAUGCAACCACCUGCCUCCCCUGGCCUUCUGUAAACACCCCUCCGCAAGCACACAACCACUCCUGCGCAUAUCCACCAGCCCCAAUACACCCACCCAUGCGCCCCCUGCAUGCACUCAGGAGCCCCACUGCAAUCACCCACCUGUCCCCUGCCCCAGUGCACAUACUCACUCCCUUGCAUGCACCCACCUGCCCCCCUGUACUCAUCAACCUGCUUCCCGGCAUGCACCCACAAGCCUCCCCUGCCCCACUGCACACAUGCACCUGCCCCCCUACAUACACCCACCUGGCCCCCUGUAUGCACCCACCUACCCCCCUGGCCUCUGCACCACUCACCCUCCCCCUGCCUAUCUUCAUGCACCCACCUGCCCACCUGCAGCUACCCUCCUGACCCUCUGCAUGCACCACCUGUCCCCCUGCAUGCACUCACCCACCUUAACUUUCUGUGCACUCACCCACCUGCCCCCCUUGCAUGCUCUCACCUGUCUCCCUGACCCCUGCACCCACAUGCCUGCCCCUUUGCAUGAAUCUACCUUCCCCCUUGCCCCCCUGCAUGCACCCAUGAGCUCCUUGCACGCAGCCACCUGCCCCACUAUACCUACCCACCGUCACUCCUCCCUUCACGCAGCCACCUGCCCCCCUGCCCCUGGCAAGCACCCAUGGGCACCCUUGCACACACCUACAUGCACUUCUCCAUGCACCCACAGACCUUCACUCUCCCUGCACAUACCCACUGGCCCCCCUGCACGCACCCUCCUGCCUCCGAGGUACGUGCACCCACUGGCCCCCUGCCCACACUCAGUUGCCCUCCUGCAUGCACCCAUCUGCCCCUCAGCAUGCACUCACCCUUUUUCAACACCCCUGCACACACCCAGGGGCCUCUGUCCCACAUCUUCCUCUGGGACCCCCUUGCCCUGGUUACAGGGUACUGCAGUUGGAGGGAAGAGACGAGGCUGAGCACUCCUGGGGAGACCAGGUGCACCUGCAGAAAAAUUCUGGGGUGCCACUUCCCAGGGAGGAUGAAGGGGAGCCCAGGCCUGCAGCAGGUGCAGCUGAGCCCCUGAUGCGCUGAGAGGCUGCACGACAAGACUGGAGCCAGGGAAGCUCUCAUCCAAGUUGGAACAUGAAGAGGAGAGUUUCCCUUGGGAUCUUUCUGGAUUCAGAUCCUACGUAGCUGGAAGUUUAUCUCAGGGGAAAGCCCAUGAGUGGAACUUUUGACUUAUUGCCCUAUAACAUCCUCCCUGGAGGGAAAGUCUGCAUGGGUGGCAAGAUGAUUCUUCCACACGGCUGUGGACGGCUGUGGGCCUCCAGGCGGGUGCUGCUCUGCCCUCGGCAGUGUCCCUGCUCUGCUCUCACCCUGCAUUCUCCUGGUGUCUGUGAAGCAAGUAGAGAAAUGGAAGAGAAAGUGAAACUUGGAAGAGGCUGCGUCCCCUUACGUGCUCAGGGCUGUCAGACCUGACAUGCAUGCAAUCCACUGUGAGUGUGGACAGAGGAAACACCCACGGACACUCAAAGGCCAUUGGCAUGAGUCAUUACUAACAGUCACAGCGGCUGCAGUUUCAAGGCCUGGAUCAGGUCCUCCCGAGACACACCAACAGACCAGAGGGUCUAAUGGCCCCUCUGCCCAUAAACAUUCACAGCAGCUGGGAAGGUGCUGGUCCCACAUGAUGGACUGUGACAGCGCCUCUGUGACCCUUCUGCUCAGAGCAGCCUGGGCUGCAGGGACCCAUUUCCAGCCUGGCCUCCCUGCCCUGCACAGCACCUUCUCUCCAGCAUCUUCCCUGUUUCUGUGUCUCUCAUCCCUUUCAGUCUGCCUUUCCGUCCCCUGUCCCUAACUUCCUGCGGAGUACUCCUACAAGCCAGCAGUUCAGAUUGGUGGAAAGUGGGUGCUUGGGAGAGGUUCGCCACACUCAGUGAAUUUCAGGACAUUCUGGCUAUUUCCUCCCAGGCUAAAAGACCACCCAGCUCCCCAGGUGCAUCCUGGCCCUUUACUGGCAGUGAGGGCACUGUUGAAAUCUUCAUUAUUUUAAAAUAGCAAGUGUUGGUGAGAAUGUGGAGAAGGAGCCCUCCUGAACUCUUGGUGGGAAUGUAAACUGGUGCAGUCACUGUGGAGAACUGUAAGGAGGUUCCUCAAAAAGUUAAAAAUAGAACCACCCGUAGAUCCAGGAAUUCCACUCCCGGGGAUUUACCCAAGGGAAAGGAAAUCACUGUCUGGAAGAGAUCUCUGCACAUCCACGUUCACGGCAGCAUUGUUCACAGUGGCCAAGUCAGGAAAACAGGUUAAGUGUCCAACCAAUGAGUGACGUAUAUACAAAGGAAUAUUGCUCAGCUGUAAAAAAGAAUGGGCAGAUCUGGAGGAUGUUAUGCUGAGUGAAAUAAGCCAGCCACACAAAGAAGAGCCUGCGUGGUCUCACUUACGUGUGGAAUCUGAAGAACAGGCAGAAGCCGAGCACAGAACGGCGUGGGGUGGGGAUGUGUCAGUCGCAGGGCACACUGUGGCGGUGACGCAGGAGGAAGCCUGGAGACCUGGUGCCCAGCAUGGUGACCUGCUGACAGCCCCGACUGCGUGUGUGUGAUCUCAGGUGCUAUGACCACACACAGACGGUAACCGAGCAGGGAGAAGACGGGUCCAGAGCUUGGCUCCAGCCAUCGUGUCACUGGUACGUGUGCCUCACAUCACUGUGCUGAACACCCUAAAUAGAUGCCGUUCUUACUAAAAUGUGUUAAGUUUUAAAAGUAGAAUAAAACAACCAGCCUGUGUGGAGAUUUUAGGGA